UGCUUUCCCCGGCCUGCCUAUGUGAGGCGACGGUGCCGCCGACAGUAAUAGUAGAGGGGCGGCCAGCAGCGGGGGAGGCGGGACUGAAGAUGGCCGAGUCCCCAGAGGAGGUAGCCGUGCUGGUGCAGCGGGUGGUGAAGGACAUCAACAACGCCUUCAAGCGCAACCCGCACAUAGAUGAAAUUGGAUUAAUCCCCUGCCCAGAAGCCAGAUAUAACCGAAGCCCUAUAGUCCUGGUAGAAAACAAACUUGGAGUGGAAAGCUGGUGCGUCAAGUUUCUUUUGCCUUACGUUCAUAAUAAGCUUCUUCACUAUAGACAACGAAAGCAAUGGCUGAACAAAGAAGAAUUGAUAGAUAUCACGUGUACACUGCUGCUACUAAAUCCAGACUUUACUACUGCUUGGAAUGUCAGGAAAGAACUAAUACUGUCUGGCACUUUAAAUCCAGUGAAAGAUUUACAUCUUGGGAAACUCGCACUAACUAAGUUUCCAAAGAGCCCAGAAACGUGGAUUCACAGGCGAUGGGUGCUGCAUCAACUAAUUCAGGAAAGCUCCUUGCACACUCUGGUGACUAAAGGAAAUUUGGAAAUGGCACCAACAGAAAGGAUACAACGAUUAGUCAAAGAAGAAAUGGAUGUCUGUUGUGAAGCUGCUGGGAGAUAUCCAAGCAAUUAUAAUGCCUGGUCCCAUCGCAUCUGGGUUUUACAAUACUUGGCAAAGCUAAGUACGAAGAUUCUGCUGGAUGAACUUUCUUCCACUAAACACUGGGUUUCCAUGCAUGUUUCAGACCAUAGUGGAUUCCACUACCGCCAGUUUUUAUUAAAGUCCUUGAUUGGCAGAACCGUGACGGACUCUACUGUUCAGGUGCAUAAUCAGCCAAACAAUCAACAAACCCCCAGUCUUCCAAAUGCUGAAGAAAAUGAAGAAGUCGAAGCUGCCUGUGGGGAAGAACAGUGGCCAGAUCAUCCUUUUCUUCUGAAGGAAGAAGUGGAGCUCUGCACUGAUUUAAUUAAUAGUUAUCCAGGGCAUGAAACACUGUGGUAUCACAGACGGCAUGUGUUCUACCUUCAGCACCACUUAAAGAACAAACUUGUACUUCCAAGCACCUGGGUGAUGGCUCCGGACAGCAGUGAUGGAACUUUGAAUAACACUCAGCCCGGUGUCCUUGGUCAAGUGACUCAGCCCAUGGAUGUUGAUGGUUUGACUGAAUCCAACAAGCAAGGCUACACUCAAGAAAUCAAGCGCCUGAAACGUGCUCCUUUUCAGGACUCUGUCAGUCUGGAAGCAGAAUACCGAUUCAUUGAUCAGGUUCUAUCAACGUGCAGGGAUGUAGAUCAGGCAAGGUUUGCUGGUGCAUAUAGAAAAUGGUUGGGUUCUUUUCUAGAUCAGUGAAGGAGAUUUUUUAAAACUCCUGCAGGGUCCUUUGUUUAGUGCAAUAUUCUCUCUUUGAAACACAGGUGCACAUCAUGACUCUUGGCACUUUCCACCCUUUUGAUGUUGUUAGUGCUGAAUGUCAUCUGAUGAUGAUGGCUUUAGUUUUAUUUAUAUACAUAUAUAUUUUAAAAUACCCUGGUGUUAAGCAUUUAAAGCUUCUUCUGCACUUAUUUCUGCAUAGGGUAACUCCAUAUAACAUCCGUUCUCAAACAAAUGUCCCUUAAAUUAAGAUGGAUAGAAAAUUUAAGUAGCUAACCUAAAUAACAUGGUAAUAAAACAGAUAGGUGGAUUUGUUGGCUGGCUAGAAGCAGGUUUGCUUUCAAAUCUCCCUUUUGUAACAAAUGUACAAGAAGCAUCCAGAGGCAUUGGCCAUUGAAGACAAACUGAUAAUGCUCAAGAACAGAUUGGCAGAUGAGUUUUUGGCCAGAUUGGUUUUGUUUUAUCAUUGCUUUACUUUCAUUGCUCCACAACUGUUCUGUAAGAGUUCAGGCUAGAGUUGAUUUGUUUGAUACACGUUUGGAUUGGUCUGAGGACCUUCCAGUACUAUAACUCAUGUUUGCAUUGUAGUGCCAAUGAAGUGUAGCUCAUACAAAAUUGCAGAAGAGCUGUGAUAAGAUUGAUCUUAUCUCUGCCUUAUAUAUGCAUACACAAAAAACCCAGCUGUACAGUUAUGUAAAACUCUUCAUUAUAUGUCGUAUUUUUAUUUAUUUUCCUUUCCUCAAGUCAGUGUUAAUGAUAUAUACUUCCAGAUAUAUUGUGAACACUACAGGUAUGUGCAAUGCCUCAUAAGUGUGAUAUGCCAUAAACAAAUCACUACAGAUAUUUGGAAUGAAAAGAGUUUAAGGUGACUGGCCUUUUUAAGAUUAAACAACAAACUAAUGGUUCUGUGGCCAUGUUCUCAUUAAGAAGGAGAGUGUUCACUCUCUUCCUGGCAGCCUUUUACCAUUACUUAAAAAUCCAUCCAACAUAGGCUGGGUACCAAGGCAAUUCAUUUUUCUUCUUUUAAUGCUUUAUUACAUUUGAGAUAUUGGAACUAUAAUAGUUCUACCAUUCUACAUUUUUACUGUUGAGUCAUAGGUUCCAGUUUGAAGCUCUGUUUCCUCCAAAGUGCAUAUAGUGGCCAUGUACAAGUGGGAUUCUUUGUCAGUCACAGUAGCAGCAUAAUGUGUUUGGUGAGGGUUUGACCUGGAGCACACAGAAUGUGUGCAAGUAACACCUGGAUUAACCAUACAAUCUAGGACUUUGCUAUAUAUAUGUGUGUGUGUACAUGUGCACACUUUCUCAACGCAAAUACUGCUUAGGAUGUUGUGGUUUUUCCAGGUUGUAUGGUUGGGUUCCAAUAAUAUUUUCUCCUGACGUUUCACCUGAAUUUGUGGCUGGCAUCUUCAGAGGACCUGGUAGCAAUAAAGCAAGCGGAGUAUAUAUACCUGUGAAAUGCACAGUGUGGAAGAAAGAACUAUUUGCAUUGGUUAAAAGUGUUAAAGGUGCAGUUUGCAAGUGUGAUUUGUAUGCGUUAAAUGGAAUUCCCCCACAGUAGCAUUUGUAUGUAACACUGAAGUUGCAUAAUCAAUUAGUAAGGGCAUUUGCAUAGAAGUUGGCCUGUGCAUUUAGGUUCUGAUUUACAAUCCAUUUUAUUGCUUCCUGCAGAUAGACAUCCUGAGUCUGGGUGGUGUUCAUUAACCAUUGUCUUGAUUCUAGUGGUUUUAAGUACUGGUAAACAAAUUUUGUUCA